GAAAGAAGCACGACAAUCAUCUUGCUCUUUGCAGUUGAAACAAUGAAGCUUAUUACAUUACGUUCGGUUGCGUUCUAUUUCUUCUUGUGCUUAGCGGUUUCAUCGGGAAGGGAUGGAGGCAUAGUGAAGACAGUGGUGGUGGAUCAGUCUGGUCACGGUGACUUCAGGACCGUACAGUCAGCCAUCGACUCUGUUCCAUCGGGCAACCGUGAUUGGAUCAAGAUAUUCAUCAAGAUCGGAGUUUACAAUGAAAUGGUGGUGAUUCCACGCGAUAAGCAAAGAAUAGUAAUGGAGGGAGAAGAUCAAUGGAAGACCAUCAUUCAAUACAAUGGUGUCGGAACAAACCGUCCUACUUUCAGAUUGUCCGCCGAGUAUUUCGUCGGAGUCGGCAUAACCUUUAAGAAUACAUAUAACAAGCUUUUACUGGUGGGUGACAAGAUAAUGCAAGUGGCCCCCGCGGCGUUGAUAGAGUCGGACAAGGUGGCGUUCCUCCGGUGCGGUUUCAUCAGCCUUCAAGACACUCUGGCCGACGCGAGGGGCCGCCAUCUUUUCCAGCACUGUUACAUCGAAGGAGCAGUCGAUUUCAUUUGGGGUUUCGCCCAAUCCAUGUACCAAGGAUGCGAGAUAAACGUGUCGGGGGAGCUGGGAAGAACGGUGGGAUUCAUAACGGCGCAGGGGAGAGAGACGGAGAAAGACACGAGUGGGUUCGUGUUCGUACAGUGCAACAUCUUCGGGAACACGAAGGCGUUCCUGGGGAGAGCUUACCGACAGUACUCGAGGGUUGUCUUCUACAAGACCACCAUGUCCGACAUCAUUGUUCCUCUUGGAUGGGAUGCUUGGACCUUCAAUGGCCGCGAGGGAACAAUAACGUACGCGGAGGUAGAAUGCGGGGGAGCGGGAGCAAACAUGGAAGGGAGAGUGAAGUGGGAGAAGACCCUUUCUCCUCAACAGAUUGAUUUCCUUACAAACCCUCACACAUUCAUCGACCAAGAUGGCUGGAUUCAGAACCUUCCUUUCCCCAUCUCUUUCUCCUAGAAACAUUAUCCAUGAUUCUCCUUGUAAGGAAAUUGGCUUUCCCCAAGAAUAAUAAAAAUUUUCCAUCAUCUCCCAAGAAUAAGAUGCUGAUAAGCUUAGUCUAAAAACCUUUUUUUUUUUUUUGUUAAUCCGUCACAUAAUUGUUCGAUGAUCUCCCAAAGAUAUUCUAACUCGAAGAAACUACAAAAUAAAAGUUUUUUU